UCUUUUUCAUCUUUGUUAACCAUCAAAGCAAAUGUUAUCGGCAUUUUAUACAAGUUCUAAUGAGAUGGUCAGCAAAUGGGAGAAAUUGGUUACAUCGAAAGGGUCUUGUGAACUGGAGGUAUGGCCAGAACUCCAAAAUUUAACUAGAGAUGUCAUCUCUAGGGCAGCAUUUGGUAGCUCUUACGAAGAAGGUAUAAGGAUAUUCAAAUUACAGGAUGAGCAAGCCAAGCUCCUCAUGCAGUCUUUGCAGACUGCAUUCAUCCCUGGUUUUAGGUACCUACCAACGAAAAGCAACAAAAGAAUGAAAGAAAUUAACAGGGAAUCGCGAGACCUUUUAAUGGGUAUCAUCAGCAAAAGACAAAAUGCAAUGAAGGUUGGAAAAGCCAAUAGUGAUGACUUGCUAGGCUUGUUACUUGAAUCCAACAAUAAAGAAAUUCAAGAAAAUAAUGACAUGAAGAAUGUAGGGAUGACCAUCGAAGAAGUCAUCAAAGAGUGUAAGCUAUUCUACUUUGCAGGCCAAGAAACCACAUUAGUUCUCCUUGUUUGGACAAUGAUUGUCUUAAGCAUGCAUCCGGAAUGGCAAGCGCGUGCAAGGGAAGAAGUCUUACAAGUCUUUGGGAAAAACAAACCAAAUUUUGAUGGACUAAGUCACCUCAAAAUUGUUACCAUGAUUUUGUAUGAGGUUCUUGGAUUAUAUCCACCAGCGUUAUUUAUUAGUCGGUGUACAUACAAGAACACAAAACUAGGAGAAGUAACUUUGCCCCCUGGAAUUCAGUUAAUGUUACCUAUAGUCCUAGUUCACCAUGAUCAUGAAGUAUGGGGUGAAGAUGUAGAAGAAUUCAAACCAGAGAGAUUUGCAGAAGGGAUCUCAAAGGCCACAAAGAAUAAAGUCUCAUUUUUCCCAUUUGGUUGGGGCCCUCGAAUAUGCAUUGGGCAGAACUUCGCAAUAAUAGAAGCAAAUAUGGCUUUAGCAAUGAUUCUACAACGAUUUUCUUUUGCACUUGCUCCAUCAUAUGCACAUGCUCCUACUGUUGAAUUAACUCUUCAUCCACAAUAUGGUGCCCAAGUCAUUUUACAUAAAUUGUAGAAUUACCUUUAUAAUCAUCAUUUCAUGAUGAUGAUCUAUCAUUAGAAACUUUCG